AUGAAAAUCGUGGCUGCCACAUGUUCUGAGCAGUACUCAGGCUCUACAGUACUGUUUGAGCCCUUGGAUGCUGGUUUGCCAGCUGGGUUGCUUGCUUCCCCUACCUUGGUCCGCGUAAUCGGGGGCACGGCCUACAUACCUGUCAGUAAUGUUGGCUCCACUGACAUUGUGUUGCAUCCUCGCACUGCUGUUGGCACACUGGACUUUGUAAAUGUCGUCAGCCUUCUUUCAGGGAUCACCGAGGUGCCUUCAAGUGUGGCCACCGUGUCCUCCCAGACAGCUUCCCCUAGUGUGCAGCAGCAGGUAGAGAACAUUGAUCUGUCCACGUUAUCUGUUGAGGAACAGGGUCAGGUGAGAUCAUUGCUUAGGCAGUACACUCCUGUCUUUUCAGCCCAUGAUGGCGAUCUGGGUUGUACACACCUCAUCUCCCAUGACAUUCCUUUGGUGGACGAUACUCCAGUGAGGCACAUCCCACCCUCAGAAUAUGAGGUUGUGCAGGAACACAUCAGCCAGCUGCUUGCAUCACAGGUCAUUCGGGAGAGUAGUAGCCCCUACGCGUCUCCUAUUGUGUUGGUACGGAAGAAAGAUGGCAGCAUACGCCUGUGUGUUGACUACAGGCAGCUCAACAGUAAGACUCGAAAAGAUGCUUUUCCUCUGCCACGCAUAGAGGAGUCUCUGGAUGCGUUGUCUGGUGCUUGCUGGUUCUCAACCCUGGACUUGGCCAGUGGUUACAACGAGGUGCCAGUCACUGAGGCAGACCGUUCAAAGACUGCAUUUUGUACACCAUUUGGCUUGUUUGAGUGGAACAGAAUGCCUUUUGGGCUCUGCAAUGCACCCGGCACCUUCCAGAGGCUAAUGCAGCGCAUCUUCGGGGACCAACAGUGCCAGUCCUUACUUUUGUACCUUGAUGACAUUGUCGUGUUUUCCUCCACUGUGGAACAGCAUCUGGAGAGGUUGAAGGUGGUGCUAGGGCGGCUUCAACAGGAGGGUCUUAAAGCCAAACUCGGCAAGUGUUUGUUCUUCCAGAAACAGGUACACUAUUUGGGCCAUGUGAUUUCUGGCAACGGUGUCUCCACCGAUCCGAGUAAGGUCGAAGCGGUUGCCAACUGGCCAAUUCCCACCACUGCCCCUGAGCUGCGUUAUUUCCUUGGUUUCGCCAGUUAUUACCGGUGGUUUGUGGAGGGAUUUGCUAAACUAGCAGCCCCUCUGCAUAAAGCUGUAGCUGCGUGUGGUAACGGCAAGUCUGGUAGAAAGACCGACCAGCAGCUUCUCAGGUGUUGGACUGACAAGUGCCACCAGAGCUUUGCAGCACUGAAGGCUAAGCUCACCACCACACCAGUGUUAGCCUACGCAGACUUUGCCCUCCCGUUCAUUCUGGAGGUGGAUGCAAGCCAUGGUGGCUUGGGAGCAGUCCUUUCUCAGGUGCAGGCAGGCAAGGUGAGACCAAUAGCCUAUGCUAGCCGGGGUUUGAGACCCACAGAGAGGAACAUGGUGAAUUACAGCUCCAUGAAACUUGAGUUCUUGGCCCUUAAGUGGGCCAUGACGGAGAAAUUUAGGGAGUACCUGCUGGGCAAUAAGUGUGUUGUGUACACUGAUAACAAUCCCCUCAGUCAUUUGUCCUCUGCUAAGUUGGCCGCCACUGAGCAGAGAUGGGCAGCCCAGCUAGCCUCUUUCGAUUUUGAGAUCAAGUAUCGGUCAGGGCGGAAUAACACCAAUGCGGACGCUCUUUCUCGUCAACAUCCCCCGGGCCCCCAGGACGUAGAGGCUAUGCUCCCAGGUACCGCCAUGCCCAAGCCGUUGCAGCAAGCUUUGGGGUUGGGGAAGGCUGAGGUCAUGCAAGCUUCCAUUUCAGUCAUGCCUCAGUACACCACCACUGAGCUUCGUGCCUCUCAACAGGCUGAUCCUGUUAUACAGGAAUUGUUUGGGUUGUGGAAGCAGAAGCGUCGUCCCAGCCGUGAGGUGCGGGCACAGCUGUCCCAAUCCACACUUGUUUUGCUUCGGCAGUGGGACCGCCUGGUUGAGAAAGAUGGCAUCUUGUAUCGUAAAGUGUUGUACCCAGAUGGCGCUGAGGCCGUGUUCCAGCUGUUGUUGCCUAGUGUGUUGACUAACGAGGUCUUGACUCAAGUCCACCAGGAGCACGGGCACCAGGGAGUGGAGCGGACACUGGCAUUCCUACGGUCCCGAUGCUACUGGCCUGGUAUGUCCUCUGAUGUGGCCCAAUGGUGUCAGACAUGUGAGAGGUGUCAAGUGGCCAAGGAUGUCCACCCAAGGGCUCGUGGCUUUAUGGGACAUCUGUUGGCUUCACGCCCCAAUGAAAUCCUUGCCAUUGACUACACCACUCUAGAGCCUGCCCAGAAUGGCAUAGAAAACGUCUUGGUCCUGACAGAUGUUUUUAGCAAAUACACAGUUGCUGUCCCCACCCGGGAUCAGCGUGCUGCCACUGUGGCGAAGGUCUUGGUGUCGGAGUGGUUCUACAAGUUUGGCGUCCCUGCUCGUUUGCACUCCGACCAGGGCCGUAACUUCGAAAGCUCUUUCAUUCAGCAGUUGUGCAAUUUGUAUGGCGUUGUAAAAUCACGCACUACCCCAUACCACCCAGAAGGAAAUGGUCAGUGUGAGCGGUUUAACCGGACGCUCCACAACAUGCUUCGUACACUGCCAGUGUCCCGAAAAAGGGAUUGGCAUGUGUGUCUGCCCCAUGUGCUAUUUUGCCAUAACACAACUCCCCAUCAGUCCACAGGAGAGACUCCCUUCUUCUUAAUGUUCGGUGAGGAACCCAGACUGCCAGUAGACUUUCUGUUGGGUAGAGCUGAGAGUCCUGUUGGUGGGUCCAUUCAUGAGUGGGUUCAAGAACAUCAAGCUGGACUGCAGGUAGCAUUUGAAGGCGCUAGGGAACGCUUGCAACAGGCUGCUGAUCACCGAAAAGAAGGGCCGCCUUCUGAAGAGGAGUGCUCAUUUGAGUAUGACUUGCUUGUGCUUGGCCAGCAGCCUUCUGUGGCCACUUCUGCCUUGCCCCCUGCCAGACCGGCUGUGGCCACGUCCCAACUGUGGCUCCACGCCGGACCACACGGCAAACUGCUGGCCAGCACCCAAAUGUCCACCGUCUUCCACGGUCAGCUGGAGAGGUCCCGGCUGCCAAUCCGCCGACUUCCGUGUCCAAUGCAGUCUCUGCUUUGUUUAGACCUUGGAGGUAGCUUACUGUGUUAG